ACAAAACAAUGAAAAUUAAAAAAUAGAAAAAAUUUAAUUUCUUAUUGUAUAAUAUAGUUGUUGUUAAAACAUGCCAUGCAUCUGGAUAAAAGAAGCGCUAACGCAAAAGGGAAAUAAAUUUAAACUUGAAGACAUGUCGUUUAACGCUUCUGUCUCCGAACUAAAAGCGAAGCUGUCAGAAUCUAGCGGUAUUGAUGAAAAAUUACACGAUGUCAUUUACAAAGGACUGUUAUUAAAAGAUGAUGAGACCCUGGAGUCUUAUGGUGUCAAGGAAGACGCUACCGUUUAUAUUAUUUACAGAUCACCAAUAGCUCAAGACAUAGAGCUUGAUCUUGAUGUAAAUGCAGAAGAUAUUGUCCCUGUCCUUCAAGCUGCAGCUGGAAGUCCUGUUUACAAGGAUAAGAUGUAUGCUCUUCUGAAGAACCCACAGACCUUGGAGAAUAUUUUGGCAACAACGCCAGCUCUGGCCAAAGAUCCGGUGGCUUUGUCAAUACUUAAAGAUCCAGAGAUCCUACAGAAUCUUGUGAUAUCCGGGGACAUUUCAAAAUUAGAAAAGGAGCACCCAGCGCUUGUUCAAGCUGCGUCGCACAUAGCUGCCGACAUAACCAAAGAUAUCUCAGGGUCAUCAAGAGUCAGAAGGCCUUCAAAUUCUGAAGAUGAUGAUUUCAUGGACAUUGAACCAGAGAUGUUAGCUCAAGCUGAACUACUAGCAGCCCAUGAAGAAGCUAUUCAAAAUCGUGAGAACCCUGGUACUAGUGGAGGAAGCUCACGAAGGCCUAUUACAUCAUCAUUUUUAGCAUCAGCUUUGCAAACAGCCAGGGCUAACCUUGUGUCCACAUCUACUCAAACAACUGCAGUCAAUUUACCGGCUUCGUCAUCAGCAAGAACCAGUACGUCCCAGGCUCCCAGCCAACCUCAACCUCAACAGCGUAUAUCGUCGGAGUUCUUCAACCAAGCCAUGGCCUCCGCAUUGAGUGCUAAUUACGCAAGAAAUACGAAUCCAUCUAGUGGAAACACACAGACGAAUAAUUGGCAGUCUGAACUGCGGCAACUGCGUGAGAUGGGGAUUGAAGACGAGGCUCUGAGUCUGCGAGCUUUACAGGCAACGAAUGGUAACGUGCAAGCCGCGUGCGAUUUGAUAUUCGAAGGAGGACUGGACUGAGCAUAUAUAACAUGAAAAAGCAAUCUCGUUCAGCUAAUUUGAUAAAGGUCGUCGUUUAGGUACGAACUUGACGUUUUUGAAGGGCUACCUUUUUGCAUUAUCUCCGGCUACGUAUUGUACAAUUUUGAAGCUUUUAACUAGACUUUAUUGUGUGAAACUUGAGUAGAUUGUAUUUUAUUUAUAAUAAAUGAGAUUUUAUAUAU